AUGUCCGCCCUUCUAUUCCCUCCCCCAUAUCACACCGACUCCGCCCUCCCCUAUAUCACACCGACUCCGCCCUCCCCAUAUCACACCGACUCCGCCCUCCCCUAUAUCACACCGACUCCGCCCUCCCCAUAUCACACCGACUCCGCCCUCCCCUAUAUCACACCGACUCCGCCCUCCCUAUAUCACACCGACUCCGCCCUCCCCUAUAUCACACCGACUCCGCCCUCCCCCACAUCACACCAACUCCGCCCUCCCCUAUAUCACACCGACUCCGCCCUCAUCCAUAUCACACCGACUCCGCCCUCCCCUAUAUCACACCGACUCCGCCCUCCCCUAUAUCACACCGACUCCGCCCUCCCCAUAUCACACCGACUCCGCCCUCCCCUAUAUCACACCGACUCCGCCCUCCCCUAUAUCACACCGACUCCGCCCUCCCCAUAUCACACCCACUCCGCCCUCCCCUAUAUCACACCGACUCCGCCCUCAUCCAUAUCACACCGACUCCGCCCUCCCCUAUAUCACACCGACUCCGCCCUCCCCUAUAUCACACCGACUCCGCCCUCCCCUAUAUCACACCGACUCCGCCCUCAUCCAUAUCACACCGACUCCGCCCUCCCCUAUAUCACACCGACUCCGCCCUCCCCUAUAUCACACCGACUCCGCCCUCCCCAUAUCACACCGACUCCGCCCUCCCCUAUAUCACACCGACUCCGCCCUCAUCCAUAUCACACCGACUCCGCCCUCCCCUAUAUCACACCGACUCCGCCCUCCCCUAUAUCACACCGACUCCGCCCUCAUCCAUAUCACACCGACUCCGCCCUCCCCUAUAUCACACCGACUCCGCCCUCCCCAUAUCACACCGACUCCGCCCUCCCCUAUAUCACACCGACUCCGCCCUCAUCCAUAUCACACCGACUCCGCCCUCCCCUAUAUCACACCCGACUCCGCCCUCCCCUAUAUCACACCGACUCCGCCCUCAUCCAUAUCACACCGACUCCGCCCUCCCCUAUAUCACACCGACUCCGCCCUCCCCCAUAUCACACCCGACUCCGCCCUCCCCUAUAUCACACCGACUCCGCCCUCCCCUAUAUCACACCGACUCCGCCCUCCCCUAUAUCACACCGACUCCGCCCUCCCCUAUAUCACACCGACUCCGCCCUCCCCUAUAUCACACCGACUCCGCCCUCCCCUAUAUCACACCGACUCCGCCCUCCCCUAUAUCACACCGACUCCGCCCUCCCCUAUAUCACACCGACUCCGCCCUUCCCUAUAUCACACCGACUCCGCCCUCCCCUAUAUCACACCCGACUCCGCCCUCCCCUAUAUCACACCGACUCCGCCCUCCCCUAUAUCACACCGACUCCGCCCUCCCCUAUAUCACACCGACUCCGCCCUCCCCUAUAUCACACCGACUCCGCCCUCAUCCAUAUCACACCGACUCCGCCCUCCCCUAUAUCACACCGACUCCGCCCUCCCCUAUAUCACACCGACUCCGCCCUUCCCUAUAUCACACCGACUCCGCCCUCCCCUAUAUCACACCAACUCCGCCCUCCCCCAUAUCACACCGACUCCGCCCUCCCCCAUAUCACACCGACUCCGCCCUCCCCUAUAUCACACCGACUCCGCCCUCCCCUAUAUCACACCGACUCCGCCCUCCCCCAUAUCACACCCGACUCCGCCCUCCCCUAUAUCAUACCCCGACUCCACCCUCCCCUAUAUCACACCGACUCCGCCCUCCCCUAUAUCAUACCCCGACUCCACCCUCCCCUAUAUCACACCGACUCCGCCCUCCCCUAUAUCACACAGACUCCGCCCUCCCCCAUAUCACACCGACUCCACCCUCCCCUAUAUCACACCGACUCCGCCCUCCCCAUAUCACCCCGACUCCGCCCUCCCUAUAUCACACCGACUCCGCCCUCCCCUAUAUCACCCGACUCCGCCCUCCCCUAUAUCACCCGACUCC